CGGGGCGGGGGGAGAGGAAAAGCUGUGGAAUGGCGGCCGGCCGGGACAGGCCGCUUCGGUGCUGAGGAGUUCGGAGGGAGGCGCGGAGAAGGCGGCGUGGGCGGGAUUUUUUCUCUCUUUUCAGAACGCCGCCUGAAGCUGGUCCACCAUGCCAUUAGUAACAAGGAACAUCGAGCCAAGGCACCUGUGCCGUCAGACAUUGCCUAGUGUUCAGAAUGAGCUGGAAUGCGUGACCAACAUCACCCUGGCAAAUGUCAUUCGACAGCUGGGCAGCCUGAGUAAAUUUGCUGAAGACAUAUUUGGAGAGCUUUUUACUCAGGCAAACACCUUUUCCUUUCGUGUAAGCUCUCUAGUCGAGAGAGUUGACCGCCUUCAGAUCAAAGUUACUCAGCUGGAUCCCAAGGAGGAGGAAGUGUCUCUGCAAGGUAUUAACACCAGGAAAGCCUUCAAAAGCUCCACAACCCAGGACCAAAAGCUCUUUGACAGAGACUCUCUCCCUGUGCCUGUCCUUGAAACUUAUGGCGUUUGUAAUAUGCCUCCACCUCUUAAUAUCCUCUCGUCCUACAGGGAUGACGGCAAAGAAGCACUUAAAUUCUAUACAGAUCCGUCAUAUUUCUUUGAUCUUUGGAAGGAGAAAAUGCUGCAGGACACGAAGGAUAUCAUGAAAGAGAAGCGGAAGCAUAGGAAAGAAAAGAAGGAUAAUCCAAACAGAGGAAAUGUGAACCCUCGGAAAAUCAAAAGCCGGAAGGAAGAAUGGGAGAAAAUGAAAAUGGGACAGGAGUUUGUUGAGUCGAGGGAAAAACUUGGACCAGGAGGAUACCCGUCUAAUAUGGUCUAUCAGAAUGGUAGCAUUGGUUCCAAUGAGAGUGUUGAUGCCAACUACUACCCCCCGCCUCCGCAGCCAGAUUCACCAUCGCCUCCUUUGUUCACAGAGGACAGUCUUCCACCACCACCAAUGGAAUUUAGCUAUCCAGCACAAAAUCAGAGUGGUUCCGGAGGGCUGAGAAAACCCAGCCUAGUCAGCCCAAGCCACCCUCCACCAGCUCCACCUAUUGGCUCGCCACAGGGUGCCAGGCCAGGAUUUGCACCACCUCCUGCACCGCCACCACCGCCACCGAUGAUGGGUGUUCCUCCACCGCCUCCACUGUCAGGCUUUCCGACUGCAGGCAUCCCACCGCCACCAUCUCCACCCUCAUUCCCACCUCACCCCGAUUUUGCUGCCCCUCCUCCUCCACCACCUCCAGCAGCAGAAUACGCUGCUGUGCCUCCACCCCUGGUACCCCCGCCAACAGGAGGUGCACCGCCCCCUCCUCCGCCCCCGCCCCCUCCUGGUCCACCUCCAUCGUCUUUUGGCGGCAUGGAUGGGCCAGAAACCCACCUUCCACAACCAGAUUCGGGAUCAUCCAAGGCCAAGUCCUCAUUGCCUGCUGUUAGUGAGGCUAGGAGCGACUUGCUUUCUGCUAUCCGUCAAGGAUUCCAGCUCCGUAAAGUAGAAGAGGAGCGUGAACAAGAGAAGCGAGAAGUUGUGGGCAACGAUGUGGCAACCAUCCUCGCCCGCCGCAUCGCAGUGGAAUACAGCGAUUCUGAGGAUGAUUCUUCAGAGUUUGAUGAGGACGACUGGUCCGAUUAAACACCAGCCCACCAUUUGGGGGUGGGGGGAGUGGGUUUGAGACAAAACUUACAUAACUUCUGAGGUUGCCAAAACCAUUUCCCCCUUAUUUUUCUCUCUCGUCCAGUAACCAAAGAUCAAUGUGCCCAACUUCCAAGUAACCACCAGCCUCUUUCCAUUGUUGGGAUUUGUGCCUCCUUCCAGCAAGAAGGAAACUGAAACUAACCCCAGAUAUCCGUAUUCUCAGGGUCCUAAUCAAAAAAAUCUGCUCUCUUGGGGUUGGGAGAUAAUUUUGUAAAAACAAAACAAAAGAACAUUGCCUGUCCUGUCGCAGUCAGUAUGUGUUGGUUAAAAUGAUGGGCAUCUUGAAGGGCAAUAAAACUUCCAGGCGAUGCUCUUCCACUUUACAGCUUUACAGCUUUACAGUGUGCAUUGGAAAUACUCUGCAAGCAGCCGGUGAUUUGCCUUAUCCAGUCAAAUCGGCAAAUGGAUUUGAAUUUCUAUUCCCAUCCCAUCCCAUCAACAAUCUCCAGAAUGCUCAAUUCAAAAUGUAAAGCCCAAUGUUCAUGAGAGUUGCACUAUAUGCAGAACAGUUACUCCCCCCCCCCCAAUUCCUGUUUUGACGGUCUGAGGUGUGACCCAGAGGUCAUAGAUCCUUUUUGCCCAGUUCCAUAUUGCCAAGCUGGUUUCACUAAUGAUAGAAUUAGUACCUGCUACAAGGGCAAUAACUUUCUGCCAUGUUCCCCAAAUAGAAAGCAAUAAGCACUGGGCAUGAUUUUGUAUUGCAGACAAUAUAGCUGCAUCAUCUUGGUCUGUUGGGGGCCAAAAGUGGAUCAGAUUGGUUGCACAUCCGUUUCAAAAUUAUGAGACUGUAACAUCUUAUAUUAGAGGCUGAGCAGCAGCAAUUUCAAGCCAUUGGCCCAAGCUCUCUGUCUCUUCAGGCAUCACAUGGGGACUUUGAGGAUUAAAAAGUUGGUCAUCUCUAUACGCCUAGUCUGCUUCACUAGCUUGCUUUAAUCCUUCAGCAGUUAGUUCCAAGGUCUAUAGCAGCAGUUUUAGAUCCCCUUACCUCUUUUUAGACAGGUGCCUUUUUACAUUAGCCUUUCUAGGUCAAGAGCUCUGGAUACAUUAGCUUCUCUGGGUCAGUUAGCUCCCUUGGCCAAGAGCUGGUGUGCAGAAGGUCCUUAAAUUUAUCUGGGGAUCCUGGUUACUGGAAUACUGUAAUGACAGCCACUCCCAUAAUGAGGGUGCUUGUUCUGGGUGCUAAUUGGGAGCUCUCCUUUUUUUUAACCUGUUUGAAAUUCUUUACCUUUCCACAUGCCUCUCCUCCUUUUUCACACUGUGACAUGCCUUGUAACAGCUUUUGUACACCAAAGGAAAGGUGUCAUCUUGUUUCUUUCUGUCUCAUGCUUCCAACCCUUUAUUACAUGUCCUUUUUUUUAAGGGUGUCUGAUGCCAGAGCUUAGUGUUUUGUUUUAGCCAAGGGACCAAAGUAUUAAAAGUAGGCACAAAUUUGUUUUGGACUGAACUCAGAGUCCCAGCGAGGGAGUGGGGAGAAUUUGUAUCUAAACUACACUAUGAGGUUCCUUCAGACAUUCCCUAAUGGAAGGCUGGUGCUUUUUGCUUUUGGUGCAGAGCUGCUUUAAGCAUAUGUUUCCAUUGUCUUAAGAAAAAGGAGACAAUAGGCUCUUCACUGGUGGAUUAGCACUCAAUGUUAGAACACAGGAUAUUUGUAUCAUAAAAAGGCAGGGGGGAGACAGGGUGCUGUUUUCACAUAGACCAUGCAUCCUGGAAGGUGCUGUGUCUGCUGUGAUUUGGAACACUGAGUUUCUUGUUCAGGCACCAAGAUCAGCAGCUGGCUUAUAAUGUCUGUUGUAUAAUGUGCCUUGCAGUUCUUCCCAGUCUUUGCUCUCAAAAUCUAUGCAACAGAACCUGCAGCUUUGCACUAGCGUAACUAUUUAGAGAUGGCAUUUGUGUGUGUGGUGUUCUGUCUAAGGCAGUGUUAGCCAAACUUGACCCUCCAGCUGUUUUGGGACUACAACUCCCAUCAACUCCCUGACCACUGGUCCUGUUAGCUAGGGAACAAGUAAUACUCUCUGCAAAGCCUAGUGUACACAUUAAGGAUCACUAAAAAUGGACUGGUUAUUCAUGGACUUGCUACGCCCAUUAUUUUGUAAUCAGGUCAGUGGUAGUUAGCGUGGCAGUCCACCCCACCCCAUCCCACCCAGUGGAUGGUUGCACACUGGCUAGCAGCUUGAACCUAAGUUUGUAAUCGAGUGAACAGAAAUAGGAGUAGUGGCCAUCCUUAAUUGUGCAGAAUAAACAUGUGAACUUCUCAGCAUGUGCUUGGAAAGGUUUUAUAGUGGUGAUGAUAACUUUCUGCAGUCUUCAGAUGUGGAUAUAACAUAUGCACAGAGCAAUUCAUUUUGAGAGUUGAGACAUAAGUUACCUGUAACCAGUGCUAUUUUUCUAGAAAAAGAGGUGCCGGAACUAACCAUGAACACCUCCCUUGUUCUCUUAUAAUGCCAAUAGUGCCCACCUGAGAGACGCCGGAACUGAGUUCCAGUGAGUUCCAACUGAAAAAAAAAGUCAUGCCUGUAACUCAGGUUCUCCCUGCUAAAUCUGUGUCUGCUGUUGCCCUUUGAAAUGGGCAGCAUGAUGCAUUGGAGAAGGACAUGCAGCCAAUGGGAGUUUAAGAUGAACGGUUUAAAAUAAGAGAUUGUUUGCCCAGAUUGUAUCAUUGAGGCUUGUGAACCUCUGCCUGCAGCCGUGUAAUGGGGGCUGUCAAAAUACUGAACAUUUCCUGUCCCAUUUUUGCAGUUUAGUUUUGCAGUAGAAACAGGUAUCAAGCUUUCUAAAAGAAAUCACGCUGUCUCCUCUUGAAACAUCUGCUAGUGUGUGCUGGUAACCAAAAUGGAAACAAGAUGUGUGUCCGGGAUGGUUUCCAUCAGCCAGUUGGCUUUUUUUAAAGCUAUUUUGACUGUAGAAUCGCUUGUCUAUCAUGGGCAUUGUGUGGUUUCUGUUGACUGGUUUUUAACCCCUCCUUGAGGGUUCUUAAAUUUUACUCAGCAGUCUUCUAAAGUAGAGUGAUAGGGAACAGCCAUUGUUCAGUUAAGUGAAGGGGGGGAGCAAAUUUCUUGAAAACCCUUAUGCUUGAGCCUUUUUAGGCCCCAGGACCCUUAAGCACAUCCGCUAGAACUGUGGUACCCCCCCAUUGCAUUCUGCAGAAAGCUUGCCAGUUACUCUGCCCCCUUCUCUUUUACUUCACAGCACAUUUCCGAGUCAGUCCUUUUUCAAGUUCUUUUAGCCUUUGCUUUUAAAGUGCUCUUUCUCUUCUUCCUUGGCUCCAAUUUUCGACCACAGCCACCUGGGAUGCAGAGUGUUCGGUCUUAAACCUCUUCUACAGCCAAUGAAUUUCCGCUUCUUUCCUUGCUUCUCCAUCACCGCUGACCAAAUCCAAGGAGAAAGACCCUUGACUGUCCCAGAGGCCACCAGCAGCCUUUCAGUUCUCUAAAAUGUGCCUCCUUUUGAACUACAGGCUUGGGGAAAGGAGAGAGUGUCCUUUUUGACAAGCUGUUCAUGCCUUCAGAGACUCUCAAGCUGUUCUGUGUUUGAUUUUCCUUUGUAUGUACCUUUAAAAAAAAAAUCUUUAUAAAGUGUGGGGUGGGAUAAGGGUCUGAUUAUAUAUUUUUUUUGUAUUGCCGCUUUUAACACAAUUCAUUUUAAAUGAUUUUUAAAAAACUAACCAAUUUCUUUUUGUUUCCUGUCUAGGAUGAUAGAUGACUUUGAUAGAUGCCUUAUUUCGUAUGACACAAAUAUAUUUAUAAGAGUAAUUAUUUCAUGUGUAUUGCUAGGGGCUCACCUAAACAAAAGAUGGAAUGCUGAAAGAAACCGCCUUUAAUUCUCCCAGUUCCCCUGGUGGAUUUUACGGUAGAGAAACAUCAUUAGAUGCGCCUUGGUAUCUGUGAGGGAAGCAGUUAUGACUGGAGUUGCUUGAUUCUUACUGGGGGCAAAAUAUUCCUGUCAGACCAAGGGUUGGUUCACAUGCUUCUGAGUGGUAGGCACAAUGGCUGCUGCCAUGUUUUCCCAGAUUGAUCAUCAUGUAUAUUUUCACAUGCUUACUGAAUAAUGAGGCAUGUGGUCAGACAGCCGUUUUUGUUGCUGUACAUGCAGAACUUACUAGAUGCCCAGAAACUGGCUGUUGCCAUAGAUCCAGUGGUUGUGUGAACUUGCCCUUGGGUGGCUCUAAGAAAAUAUUGUCUGAUCUUACCAGAAAAUGCUAUUAUGAGCCCACCUUUGUUCAACACUGAGGCCAGUAACGGCUCGAUGGUGAGGUGCCAAAUUUUAGUUUGGCCACCUUGGGUGAGGAGGGAAGUAACAUUGCUUUCCUUCAUUACCUUCAAACAGAAUUUGGCCCUCCUUGUUCAUCUGAUUAUUAUUUCCGGCUACAGUUCUUAAUCCAGACUUUUUAAAUAAUUGCUUUUAUAAACUCUUCCAGUCUUCUCUCUCUCUUCUCUCUCUUUUCUUGAGGGACUUUUUGUAAUGUACAUGUGAUUUUAAAAAAAUACUUUUUACCAUGUAAACUUUAAAGAAAUGAUAAAUUCUUUCUAGCCAAUCAAAAGUUGUGUUCAUAUUACUUGGAAGUGGAGGGGGGGGAUGAUACGUUUGAGGUAGGAGAAGUGUAAGAUGCUUUCUUCUUCAUGCUCAGUCUGAGGAUUGAAAAGGCUCUUAAACUGCUGUUGUGUCUAUGCAAACUAAACUUAAAAAGGAGGUCACCUUCCUCAGCCUCCCUGUGCUCAUAAUGCCCCAAAUAAAUAGCUAACCUUGU